AUGGACGAAUCACCGAUCGAGGUGCCGCCAACAAAGAAGCUAACCCUAGCUUCGUCAUCAUCGACCGCUGCCAUAGUCGGGGAGAGAGUUCUGAAGCUUGUCGAUGGAGAACCACCGAUCGAGCUUGACGAGCCACCGGAUAAGCCUCGUAAUCCGGCCAAUGUAGAGAUCUCCUUGUGCGCUCUCACCGGCGUUUCUAAACCCACGAUCAUCCGCUUCAACACAACAGUUCACCAAGAACCAGCCAUCGUGCAAGUUGACCAUGGUUCGACACACAAUUUCAUAAUCCGCGAAGUUGCAAAGAAGUUGUCCUUGCAAGCUACGUCGAUUCCGCCGUUCGAGGUUAAGGUUGACAAUGGCGAUUGUCUAGUUUGUAACCGUUGUUUUGAAGCUGUUCCUAUUGAAGUUCAGGGCACAAGGUUGGUCGUUGAAUUGUUUGAGCUUCCGAUUCAUGGCCUCGAAGUUGUCUUUGGCGUUCAUUGGCUUAAAGAGUUGGCGCCUCUGACGAUUAAUUGGCAGCUGAGGACCAUGCGCUUCAAAUACAAAAGUAAAUGGGUCACGUUGCAAGGAGCCAUUAAUCCCGACAACGAGGUUACAGCUGUCGGUGGGAGUUUGCGCGAUAAUGACUUCACGCCGCGACGGACCAGAUGUUGCAACCGAGGGGGUCAGUCGAGUCUUCAAACGUCAAAGCCCAUGGAGCCAACGCUGAAGGAAGUCUCCCCCGCCAUUGAUGUUGUCCUCUCCGCCGCCACGUCGGCAACCGCCUCGACAUGGAUUUGCUCCACGACAGUCCAUGAGCGUGAUGUGGCUGGACGAGGAUCAAACUCGGUGGCGAACAGCUUGAUUCAAGGCUGCAUCGGACCCUCCAUGGGCGGCCUAACUAGGGUUCUCUUGUACGGAGUGGGUUCGAUGGUGGCUACGGUUGUUAGUGCCAUGGGACUUGCGGGUGGAACCAUAAAGGAGGUCGGCGCACAUUCGUGUACGAAGACCUUGACGUCUUGGGACCCUACGACGGAGGCAAGUACAUCCUUUGGUUUUAACAAGGCUAAUGAUGGAACUCUCUCCAUGCCAGGAAUUGAAGGCCACGUUGAAGUGCAAGAUAUGGAGUGGAGGUUUGGUUUUGCAUAUGGUUUGCGGGGAUGGGACGAAGACAACAUUGACAUGAAAAGAACCUGUCCUGGUACAUAUGUACGUGAGUUGCAUGGGGAAUUGCUUUUGGACAAUGGAGGUUGCUGGACAAGCCAUUUCCUGCAUGAUGAGAUGGAAUUGGAAGAAAGGGAGCUCGAGUGGUGUGCAAGAAAGAACUUGAUGGUACUCGACGUUUUCAAGGAUAGGAGUUUGGUUCGAGUGCCCAAGCCUAAUUGGAAAUUUCAUAAGCGAGUUUGGCGUCGACAAAGAAAUGCUCUCUUCAUAGUCAUCAACACGUGGGAGGGAUUCUUUUUCAUUGAUCCGGGUUGA